AUGGCAUCUUCUCAAUCCUCGUCAUCAUCUAUCUCGGGGCGUGGUGGCAACGAGCCCGACGACCAAAAGUCCCUGCCUCAGCUGGAGACCCUCAUCUCUCACCUGCUAGCGGCAAAACGCUCCCUCUCGUCCAUCAACCAUGUCUGGCGUGCGAACGAGAUCGUCACUGCCUCCCGCUCUGCUCUCGAAGAAAGUGUCGUCGUCUCCUCACGAACCAACUUUCUGCGUCGUGGGCUGAACAAUCAGCUCAGACUGCUGUACAAUGUUCGUUCGGAGGUGGAAGAGAUCUCAUAUCGUGGCCGACAAGAGUUUUCGGAAGCAUUGAAGAGCCUGGAUGCCGCUGAUGCUAGGCUCCGGAGCACUCUGGACCUUCUUCGCGAGACGAUCGUUGAUGCAUCGUUCCGUCCUAAGGAUGAAGAACCAAAGAGUCUGCAUGACUUUGUGGAUGAACGUGGUGUUGAGGAGCUACACGAGGCGAUGAAAAGCUCGAUCGACCGCACAAAUACUGCGCGUGGAGAUCUAGAUAUCUCCAAUCGGGAGUUUGAUGAUGAGCUAGCCUCCAUCAAACGAGCCCUCCGGCACUACCGCUCGGCCACCAAGAUGGCUUCUUCCCGCGCAUCGGCAUCUUCGUCAUCGUCGGCUUCGGUCUCGGACUCUGAUCUACUCGCAUUAUCUUCAAUGCCGGGAAUGUUGCAGUCCCUUGAAACACACGCCCAAGAAAUGGCCAGCCUACUAGAGUCACUGGUUCGUCAUUUUGAUUUGUGCGUUACAGCAGUGAAGCACACGGAGGGUGGAGGUGCAGCUGCUCGAUCUAUUACGGGCGACAUGCCGGCUGAAGUGCAAACCAGCGGUGACGGGAUGCCGAACUUUGGCGACGAGAUCAACGCAAAUCUCAACGCCCCUUUGGACCCAAUGUCGGACCAGGAAUACGAGGAAAUGGUGAAUGUAUUGACGAAGGAUGCCCUUGAAGCCGAGGACGUGGUGAUGGAGAUUCAAGAUCGCAUCAGCGAAAUGGAAUCCGUCUAUGAACAAGUGGGGAUACAUCGCGAUGCGCUGCUCUCCAUCUCAAACGCCACCCUCCAAGUCCACCGGCAUCUCUCCACUCUCGCAUCAACGCGACUUCCGCGGUACAUCUCCCAAGCACACAACUUCACCCAGGUCUGGAGCGAGGAAAACGACCGUAUCAACUCCGGUCUCACCGAACUAUCCGACCUACACUCUUUGUACGAAGGCUUCUUAAAUGCCUACGACAGUCUUAUCCUCGAAGUAGCCCGGCGAGCUCAUGUUCGUGCCCGCGUGGAAAAAGUCCUCCGAGACACCAAACACAAAUUAACCCAGCUCCACGACGAGGAUGUAGCAGCCCGGGAAGCUUUCCGCGUCGAGCAGGGCGACUUCCUCCCAUCUGACAUCUGGCCUGGUAUCGGCCGAGCACCCAUGCAGGUCGAAUUCCUUCGUGUUUCUGGGGGUCAGCUUCCGGCACUUGCAGAAGGGCAGGAUCCAGAAGAAACUGCAAUCGAGACUGAUGCUGAGCCCAAAACGGGUGCAGCGGAUGAGAACGCCAGCGGUGAGAUAAUCCCUGAUCUGCCGAAAGAUAUGAUCGAGCGGGCGUAUGAGCGACUGAAGGCGCGCGGUGGGAAUUUCGUUUGA